GCCAUUGUGUGGUGCGGAUAAAAGGGAGGAAGAGAAGUGAAGCCCAAAACAAACCUAACAACACACACACACUCUCUUCUUCUCAGAAUCAGAAUGUCUCGUCGUCACUCCGAUUCCAAGCGACGCCAUUCCAGAUUCGAUACCCAACCAAGUUGCAGCCCCAAGAGAUAUAGAAGCGAUGGAAAACAUGAAAGAGAGAGAGAUACAGGAAAUGGAGAGCAUAGACAGCAUCGGCAGAUGAAUGAGUCUAAGCAACAAUCUGGUUCUGGGUCUCUGCAUAAGGACACGGACAAUAAACCAAAUAAUCAUUCUGAAGCACCCAAACAGGCACCUGAUCCUAUCCAACAUCCAAGAUCUCUCUCUUAUUUUCAGCAUGAUGAACGAGCUAGUACUGGGCAGGUUGGCCAAAGCUCUGGUCAAAGAAAAGCUGGUGAGCGUGGAUGGUGGAAGGACUCUAAGAAUCAGCACAAUGAAAGGGCAGAGACAAGUCAUGUAAGAGAGCAGAGAGAUGAGAAAUUACAAGCUAAACCAGAUGAUACUACUUUCCAGAGAAGAGAUGGUUUUUCUGGAAGGAAAGAUGACAUGGCUCCUACCUCAAGGAAAAGGCCUGCAUUUAGGGAAAAAAAGAUUCCAGUGGAUUUGGUAGAUGCUAAUCUGGCUGCAACAGUGGCAGUAAAGUCAAGCCAGAUUGACCACCCUCCAGAAAGGAAUGGAAGGAAGGAGGAAAGAAGCAGCAACCCACAUCAUUUGGAUAGAACUGAGAAGCAAUUUGCAGAUGACAGAGCUAACAAAGUUGAAACUAGGAGAGAUGGGUUCCCAUCAAGAGGAAGGUAUGUGGGCAAUGGCAGUUACAGGGGAAGAGAUAAAUUUAAUGGAAGACAAGGUUAUCGUCCUAGUAAGACUCAAACUGAGAAGUGGAAACAUGAUUUGUAUCAAGAGGUAAAUAAGGAUCCCAUUCCACAGAACGAGGAUGAGCAGAUUGCAAAGCUAGAAGCACUCUUGGCUUCGUAAAAGCAAACAGCAUCCAAUAUUUCAGAGAUCUUCAAGGUUGUUUUGUAAAUCAUCCAUAUCGACUUGUAGAUUACGGGACAAUAUCCAGACAUGAAGCACCACUUGAUUAAGCAUUUCAUUUCUUCUGGUUUAUGUGUGUAAUUUUAUAAGCGUACACUGCUCGUAGUUGCUGAGCCUGUUGCAACGUCAAGUUAUCACCAUCUUCAGCAAGCCAGGGAUUUGUUUGGGUUUUAGCAGAGGUAAUAUAGAUCCGAUCCCCGCUGACUGAGGCAUACAGGUUUUGAAAUUGGACCCAUGGCUUCAUUGGAUCACAGAGCAAUAUGCAAUUGAAAUGCUUGUAUUCUGUUUCCCUAAACUAUCAAACCUUUUUACUUGUUUUAGACAAUUUCUAGAACCUCCUUUUUCGUCAACUAGUUUGUGAGAUGAUUUCAUGUCAAAAGAUUUAUAUUUGGGUCAAAUUUAUGCACCCCUAUCAAGUAUGUCAAGUACGUGGCUGCUUGGUUGACCUAAAUUGAGCAGAGAUGAGUGCCUAAGCUUGCUCGAACCCAAACCAGGUAAAAACAUUUACAAUUCGAGGGUGACACUGCAGAACUUUACGCACAUUUUCCGGACUGCUAUUUCUGACCAUUCGUGUUGUUAGAACUUGGGACGUUGGGGUAGAUUAGAUUCGCUCUCUGAAUUUUUUAUGUACACUUUGACACCAUACUUGGCCUUAAAAAUAAUUUUGGUUCUUUUAAAAUGAGAUGUAUAACGUGAGACAGUUAUGAUUUACUUAUUAUUUAUUUAAUUGAUUGUAUAAUAUAACAAUAGAUAAAUUUU